CGCAGGCAGCGCCGCGCCGGGGCCGCGGGAAGCGGAAGCGCUGCCCUGCGAGGGCGGGGCCCGGGCGGCUGCGCGGGACCUUCGGAGCGGCGCCCGCCGCCGCCGUCCCGGCCGGUCAUGGACCGCUACGUGCUGCUGCUGAGCUGGGGCGAGCGCAGGGCCGGGCCCGGGCCCGGGCCCGCCGCAGCCACCGCCGCAGCUGGGACUGCUGCAGACGUGUAUCAGUUCCUGAAAGAAAGUUGUAAUGCAUCUAUAAAUGCAGAUGUGAGCAUUUUCCCAGCUUGCUCAGUGGCUGGUGUUCCAGGUGCCAAGAAAUGGUAUUUUGCAAGUCAUGUCAUUUGUGGUUAUUAUCAGUUCUGCAGUUCUGACUGGGAGGAAAUCAAUGUUGACACACAAAAAAAUGAAGACUCUUACCAAGCAAGCAUUGACGAGAACCUGGGAACCACACAAAGUUUUGAGGAAGAUGACAACAGUCAGGAAUCACUGUCUCUGACUGAUAUUUAUGAUGAAGCUGCUGAAAGUCUACAUCAAUUAGCUGAUAAAUUGCCUGCCCCAGGCAGAGCAAUGGUUGAUGUAAUCCUGCAGGCUGUUGAAUGUGAUGGACCCAAGUUAAAGGACUGCUUACCUGCUAUUGGUGCCCUGAAACACCUGAGAGAGUGGCACUCUGCACGGAUCACUAUUGCUGCAAGUGAUGCUAAAGGCAGCUGGCAAAAGAUUGCAGACUAUCUGUCAGCAGACUUUGUAUCUUCAGAUGAUAUCAUGAAUAUUAUUGAUUUAAAUGAACUCUGGAGGGGAAAGAUUCAGAUAUGGGAAAGAAAGUUCGCAUCAGGAGUAGAUUUUCCAGAAUUUUGCAUAAAGAGCACUUCAGCCAAGACAUUCAGGACUGCAAAUUUAAGUUCUUGCUUUGCUGAUAAAAAAGAGUGCCAAUUGAGGAAUACUGAUACUUUGCCAGAAGUUUUUCAUUACUAUGGUCCUGCCCUGGAAUUUUUACAGAUGGUGGUGCUCUCUGAUCUACCUUCCAUUUUUAUAUCAGAUCUGGAGUUUGAGCUGAGCCUGUCAAGAAAGAAUACCAAGGAGACAUCUACACUGCUUUUGGACCAGAUUUCUUUUCUCUCUGGGAAGGUGGGAGCUUUAUUUACAUUGCCAUGUAAUGUAAGCAGUGUAGUGAUCCCAUCGCCUGCCCAGCUGAGCACCAAGAAAUGGAAGGAAUAUAUGGCUAAGAAACCCAAGGUCAUUUCUGUUCCAGAAAUUGAACUGAAGGGAGAAUCUUGCCGAUAUUAUUUCUUGCUACAAGGCAAUGGCUCUGGAGGAUGUAAAGCAACCUUGAUUCAUUCAGCUGGCCAGAUCAAUGGGAUGGCCACUCUUGCUGCAGUAAAUGGAAAGCUAAAGGCAAAAGCAGAAGAAACAGAGUCAGGCUUUAAUAUUUCUGACUGUAUCAAGUCUCUGCCAUGCUAUUGUGGAGAGGAUAUUUUACAGAGAGAAACAAAACUGUCUCGUCUCCAAGUGUUUGCCUUGAAGGAGUAUCUCAAGAGAAAGGAAAUGACCAAGCAGCCUGUAGUUAUUUCUACCAAUGAGUUUAAAAGCUUAUUAAAACUCACAAGAGAAUGUUUUUUGGACCUGUGCAGCACUAGUCUUCCUAAACCUCUUCUACAGAAGGUCUGCAGUAAAACCAGGUCAUGCACUGAGACUCGUGACCCUGAUUUAAUAGAGCCAAAUCCAUUGGAGUGGCCAGAAAGACACGUUCUUCAGAAUUUGGAAAACUUUGAAAAAAACAAACAAAAAAUGAGAGUUCCUCUGUUUGCACAUUCACCUGAGCAGUUGCUGGGACACAAAGACGGCCAGAGGGAGUCCCUGACGUUGCUGGAUGCUAAAGAGCUGCUGAAGUAUUUCACCCCAGAAGGGCUGCCCGUGGGGGAUCUCCAGCCACUCCAAGUUCCCAAGCGUGAAAAUGCAUUUCUUCUGACACCAGAGCUUACUCCUCGAAAACUCAGAGGUUUGCCUUUUGAAAAAGCAGCUGGAUGCCAUUAUCAUGGACUUGAAUAUUGUCUUGAUAACAGAAGAGCCUUGGAGAGAGAUGUGGGAUAUGCUGAACUUCAAACUCGUCUUAUUCGCUAUGAAACUCAGACUACUUGCACCAAAGAGUGCUGCCCUGUGCCACUUGUCCUGAGUCCUCUCCCAUCUCCUGCAGUCUUGUCAGAGCCUGGAAGUGUCCCUGAUGGAGAGACUUUGCAAAGCGAAUUCAAAACAGAGACAUCAAGGCUAAAAUACAGAUCAAAAGACCUGGAUUACUUUUAUCCCAAGAAAAGGCUAACCAAAUCUGAGAGCACGGACUCGCUGCUGUCCCAGGCAGGCGGAAGCAGCAGGAGCCGCUGUGCGGUCGCAGUGCCGAGGAAGCGCUCGGAGAGAUCCGUUUGUGAGGCUGCAGUGCCCUGGAAAGCGCCCAGCCAAGGCCACAGAGCUGCCACCAGGGCUGGCUCAGCUACAGAGCCUGAGGCUGCAAAGCCAGAGAAGGAAUCGAGAUCCCAGAAACACACGAGGAUGCUGAAGGAGGUGGUUGCUAAGACUCUUCAAAAAUAUGGAAUUGCAGAAGACCAUAAGUGCUUUGCAUCCUGCAGCCAGCGUCUAUUUGAGAUAUCAAAAUUCUACCUAAAGGACCUCAAAACUUCUAGAGGACUUCUUGAUGAAAUGAAGAAAACAGCAAAUAGCAAUGCUAAACAGGUGAUUGAAUGGGUUUUGGAGAAGACUAGCAAGUAGAGGCACUGUGUGGAUUCUGUUCACACCUUCCCAGGAGCUGUGGAGACAGAGCACUUCUGACUUGAGAAGCAUUAUGCUGCCCAAUGCACACACAGAUCUGCACACUGGGAGGACUUUGGUCAGUGUAGUUAUGUUAGACUCAUUCUUCAAGCAAAGGAGUGAGGUUGGAAACUUUUUAUACUGAAAGUUUUUAA